CUGCAAACCAUAUGGUAGAAAUGAGUGUGGCCACAAUGCUUUUUUUCUUUCUUCUGAUUAUUCAAUUUUCAACCAUAAUUGCUCAAAAGAAUGAUUCCUCUGUCAGCCUAGGCUCCUCUCUCUCUCCUGGCACCAAUAAAUCGUAUUGGUUAUCAAAUUCUGGGCAGUUUGCAUUUGGGUUUUACCAACAAGGCAAUGGUUUUGCAGUUGGAAUCUGGUUUGAGAGAACAAAGGAGAAAACAGUUGUUUGGACCGCAAACCGGGAUGACUCGCCUCUGCCGCGAGAUGUUAUAUUGCUUUUGAGUGAUGAUGGAAGGCUCGUUGUGCAAAGUAAACAAGGUAAACAGUUAACCAUUUCUUCUGAUGCCUCUCAGCCUGCGGCCUCAGCUUCCAUGCUCGAUUCGGGCAAUUUUGUUCUCUACGACUCAGAUUCCAGAAUCAUAUGGAAGAGUUUUGAUUCACAAACAGAUACCCUUUUGCCGGGACAACCUCUGAUGGCUCGACACAUGCUUUUUUCGAGUGUGUCGGAGAGCAAUCACUCCACUGGAAGAUUUAAGCUCAGAAUGCAGGGUGAUGGGAAUUUGGUGCAGUAUCCAGCAGACUAUCCUGCCAAUAACAACGAUAAGUAUUACUCUUAUUGGGCAUCGGAUACGUAUGGCAACAAAGGAGUAAGCCUGAAUCUCGAUAUUAAAGGCGAGGUAUAUCUGCUCAAUUCCACUCGGGUCAAUGUAAAAACAAUUUUUGCCGGUGGGAACAAUCUCACUGACAAUGUUGUGUAUCGUCUGACUCUCGACGUAGAUGGAAUAUUACGGUUGUAUUCUCAUAGUUUGGUUCAGAACAGCAGCUGGGUUGUCGAGUGGUAUUCCGUCGAAAAUAAGUGCACUCCUCUUGGACUUUGCGGCUUGAAUUCCUAUUGCGUUCUUGGCGAGGAUGAAGAACCUAAUUGUAAAUGUCUUCCUGGUUUUGAUCUCAUCGAUCAGCGCCAGGGAAGUUCAGGCUGCAAGAGAAAUUUAAGCACAUCUUGCACAAGUAAGAAUCAGAACACACCUUCUGUUGCAGAGUUGGAUGGAUUUAUCUGGGAAAACAAUUCGUAUUCGAUGGUGUCAGCGAUGAGCAAGAAUGCUUGCAAAGAGGAGUGCUUGAGGGACUCCAGUUGCCAGGUUGCCUUGUUUUGGAACCAGCAGUGCAACAAACUAAACUCUCCCGUAAAUUACGCAAAACGUCCUCCAGAAAAUGGCGUUGCGACGACCUUAAUAAAAGUGUGCAAUGGAAGUCUUGCAAGCACAGAUAAGCAAAGCAUCAUUUCUCAUAGAGGCCGCCGGCUAACUAAUAUCUUACUUGGUCUUGGAAGUACGUGUUUUGCUGCAAUUAUGAUAUUACUUUGUGUGUUUCUUGUUCGUAGAAGCUAUUUCUCACCUUGCCAAAUGGUUUCGAGCACACGCACACUGAUGGCUGAGGAAAUUCCAACUCUGCGAUCAUUUACUUUCAAGGAGCUCCAACUUGCAACCAACGGCUUCAACGAACAGUUGGGUAGGGGUGCUUUCGGGACUGUCUUCAAAGGAACUUUGCCAAAUGGACAGAAAGCAAUUGCUGUCAAAAGACUAGAGAAAGUUGCAACUGAAGGAGAGGUUGAAUUCCAAAAUGAAAUGAGAUCCAUAGGCAAAACUCACCACAGAAACCUGCUUCGUUUGCUUGGUUACUGUCAUGAAGGAACAAACAGGCUUUUAGUGUAUGACUACAUGAGCAAUGGAUCAUUGGCAGACUUUCUCUUUAAAUCCCAGGUAAAGCCAAACUGGGAUCAAAGAGUUGGAAUAGCUUUUGGGAUUGCUAAAGGCAUCUUAUAUCUUCAUGAAGAUUGCGAGCAUCAGAUCCUUCACUGCGACAUAAAUCCCAAUAACAUACUGAUUGAUGAAAACCAUUCUCCUAAAAUUGCGGAUUUUGGGUUGGCAAAGCUUCUCAUGCCUGAUCAAACAAGGACGAUAACUGGGAUUAGAGGAACGAGGGGAUUUGUAGCUCCAGAGUGGCACAAGAACCUGCCUAUAACAGCAAAGGCCGAUGUGUAUAGCUUUGGAAUUGUGCUCUUGGUAAUCAUUUGUUGUCGCCGAAGUGUGGAUAUAAAUCUUCCAGAUAGAGAAGCCAUUCUCGUGGACUGGGUCCAUGAGUGUUUCAAGAGAAAUGAAGUGAGAAAUCUUGUUCAAGAUGAGGAAGUAGAUGCACAAGAAUUGGAAAGGAUGCUAAGGAUUGGUCUUUGGUGCAUCCAAGAAGAGCCAAUAGUACGUCCUACAAUGAAGAACGUUGUGGCCAUGUUCGAAGGGACUGUUAAUAUUCCUGUUCCUCCCUAUCCAAACUCUGACAGCGGUGGUUUUGUUGAAAGUUAAAAGUACUUCUAGACUUCAUGAGAGGUGGACAUCUGA